AGGUAUGGCUAAAAGACUGUGACGCACAAAAGGAGAAGGAUGAUAUAAAUUGUGAGGAAAAACCACAUUCAUCCAGACAGCAGCAGAAGUUUGACGAAAGCCGAGCAGACCCAGAAUCUCCAGUCGAAUCUGUACUUGUGGCCACAGCAUGACACAGGUGGAUAAAAGGGGUUUGCAUUAUCAGGUACUUGGAUUGAUGGUGUUAGUCCUCUUCUCUGGAUUUGGAGAUACUAAGGAGGAGUUAGAUGAUGUGCUCCAAUACAACACAACAUAUGAUGGAGGUAGUGGAGAGCAACCACGGGUUUUGGCUAUUCAAAGGCCCUGUGGUCCAGAACAUGAAGGAUUCUGUUUCAAUGGUGUGUGUUCCUACUCCACUGAACUGAAAAUCCCCAUCUGCAGGUGCAACCAGUUGUACAGUGGUGUGCGCUGUGAACAUUUAGUUUUGGAAUCCUAUCACAUUUCUAGUCCUGAAGAAGUCAUUGGAAUUAGCUGUGGUGUAACUUUAUUACUGGCGUCCAUCAUUGGACUGAUGUACUUCUGCUUACAGAAAAGGUGCCGGAAGUCGUCACUACCCUACAAAAACUAUGGCUCUGAGAACUCUGUUUAAUUUAUUUAGCUAGAUAUAAUUUAUGCUCCUAAAUUUAGGAGCAAGAAAGGAAGAAGAACAUCAAGUCAGACUCCUCAAGCAAGACAGACCGGUCUAUGGCGUAGAUGCACAACGCCCUCUAGAGGACAGAGCGAGAAUGGCAAAUAAACACUUUGUGACUGUUCUCCAGGAUGACACAUUAAUGUAAUAAAUUACAAUAGCAAUCACAUUUGGAAAAUGCAGGUUGUUCAACAAAGUAGUUUUAUAUUAAUUACAUGUUUCUUAGUGCUACUCGAUACUUGUAAUUAUAGCAUGGGCACUGUAAAGUGUGAACAUGAGCAUGUACUUUUAUUUAAAAUGGUCAAAAGAAAAAAACCGCAUGUACAACUAUCAAUCAGAUGAAUUUCUGUUUAUUGUAAGCAAAUGUCAUAUGCUGCCUCAGUAAUGAAUGUACUGUGCAAGUGCACAUGGUAUUUAUUGCACAAUUAUAAACAUAUGAUAAUGCUAAAUAAUACCUAAACUGUAGUAAUGUAUUUGUAUAUUUAUUUAUUGAAAGAUUUGUAUAAAAUUUGCACCUAAAUUAAAAAAAUAUAAAUGUC